AUGUCGGAGAAAAAUGAGGUUCUGCAAGAUUCUACAAACCACACUAGACAAGAAGUUCCACAGCAAAAUACCUUGGAGCAGAACAUGAAAAGAUCCUUCCCAGGACUGUUUGGAAAAACAUUUGGGGAAAAAGUGACCAGGAAAAGAGGAACACACUCUAGCUUUACUGACAUGAAAAGAAAACUACAUACUGUAAAGUGUUUUGAAGUACAGUUCUACCUGGUAAACAAACACAUGGAGAAGACACCAAAAGCUUCAGAUGAGCUGACACUUCUACAAGCAGGGAUGGGUCGGAGAACUAUUACUGUCAAAGAUGAUUCUGACCAUUCAUGGCUCUCCAGAAAACUCGAGGAGACAUACCCUAAAAUGACUGAUUUGAAUGGGGCAUGGAUGUUGUAUAAGGCUGUUGGUGGAUCUGGACAAAGAAAACUGUGUAUUGUACCCCCUGAGGCAGAAGGUUAUACAGGCGCUUACCUCAAUUCGGUUGCUCGUGGCAAGUCAGCACUAUACAUUGUGCCAGUGCAAGGAACACUUGAUAUGUCACCUCUUCCUUAUUCUUCAAAGGAGUUUGAAAAAAUGCCGAAAACAACAUGUCGUAACUGUUACGAAAACAUGCCAGUCCAGUUUUUAGCCGCACAUGUGGCAUCUUGUAAGACAGUGACACUCUCUGAUGAAGAGACAACUUCUAUGUUUUCUACAGAUGACAGUCCUGCCAUGGACAUAGCUAUGCAAAAUUCCCCAGAUAACACUUCCUCUAUUGAAACAUCUGUAACGGACACCAACAAUUUAAACCUUACUUCAUGUGCCAAGGGUUCUGAGACAGUAAGAAUAACUAAUUCAUUCCACUUGAAUAAUAGUAAUAAAAAUAAUAAUAAUAAUAAUGUGUUUUAUUACUACAUACUACUUUAG